AGAGAUAGAUACUUCAUCGAGUUCGCUAAAACUCACACAUGGGAUCCCUUGAUAAUAGGCCAAGUGCAAGAGCAAUUUGAGUUGAUAUGUCAACGCCGGUUGAAAGACAUGAUUAGCACUGUGAGGACUACUCGAGAGCAACCAAGUUGGAUCGUAGACACCAUCUGGGAUGUUAUGGUCGCUUACUGGGACACUGAAGAAGCACAGCAAAGGAGUCAAACCUACUCCUCUGCACGUAAGGGUCUUGGUCCUCACGUCCACUUCUCAGGGCCUAAGUCGUUUCAACAAAUCCAAUAUGAAAUGGAACAGAAAAUGGGUAGACCUGUGAGUCUUGGUGAACUUUUCGUCAAGACUCAUACAAAGCCAGAUGGUUCGUAUGUCGAUCUAAAGGCGGAGAAAGUUGGUGAAACUUAUGAGAAGAAUGUGCAAGAUAAGUGGGCUGGGCUUCAAGCAAAUACUUCAGCUCUUUCAGAUGUCGCUUCACCACCUCGGGAGCUCACAAUAGACGAGAUGACGACCAUCUUUCUUCAGUCUACGGAGAUGGAUUCUCGAGGCAUUCCUUAUGGAGUUGGAAGCCUUAAGGAUAGUCUAGUCAAUGGCAAGCUGAAUCACCCAGACAACUCUACAUCAUUUUUGGCAUUGGAGGAGCAACUGAAAGAAGCUCAACGCAAGAUCGAGGAGAAAGUUGCUUACAAUGCUAAGCGUGAUGCAGAAGUGGCUGCCCGUGAAGUUGAGCAAGCCCGAGCUGUGGCUUAG